CAUAUAUAUAUAUAUAUACACUAUAUCGCCCCCGCCCUCCAAUCAUGUGAUUCAGGUGUUCCAAUCUCCUCCCAAUCAUGUGAUUCAAGUGUUCCAAUCCCCUCCAUAUCAUGUGAUUCAGGUGUUCCAAUCCCCUCCCAAUCAUGUGAUUCAAGUGUUCCAAUCCCCUCCAUAUCAUGUGAUUCAGGUGUUCCAAUCCCCUCCAAUCAUGUGAUUCGGGUGUUCCAAUCCCCUCCAUAUCAUGUGAUUCAGGUGUUCCAAUCCCCUCCAUAUCAUGUGAUUCAGGUGUUCCAAUCCCUUCCAUAUCAUGUGAUUCAGGUGUUCCAAUCCCCUCCAUAUCAUGUGAUUCAGGUGUUCCAAUCCCCUCAUAUCAUGUGAUAAGGGUGUUCCAAUCCCCUCCAUAUCAUGUGAUUCAGGUGUUUCAAUCCCCUCCAUAUCAUGUGAUUCAGGUGCUCCAAUCCCCUCCAUAUCAUAGUCAAUAGCUAAAGACCUCCAAACUUGGUGUGGCCUUCAGAUGAGCCCAACAGUGCGUAGAGAGCAGUGUGUAGAGAGCUUCAUGGAAAGGGGAUUUCC